AUGUCGUCAAAAACAACAAAUUUACUACUUGAUAUUUGGCAAAAGUUUAUCUCGCUAAGGCAAAAGGUUUUUGCCAAUAGCCACACCAAUUCACAAGACGAUAUUAUUCUCUUAAACGAAUAUCGCAAUUUAUUUAAUCAAACCACUGCUGGUGUCGAAAUUUCUGAAUAUGAUAGGCAAUUAAUCGAAGCCAUUAUCAGAUACUCUGAGAAUCUCCAAAAGUCAAUAGUGGCGAAAGGGGAAUUUUUGAUGAAGCGAGCUGAUAUUCUUUUCGUGUUCCAAUCAAAAAUUUCUGCCAUCAUCAAUGAAUCUAUUCCUUUAGACACGCUAGAAAUCGAAAGAAGCCAUAUUCCGAAGCAAAUGGGCUAUCCAGAAAAGCACAUCAAUCCAAAUUCAACCUCAUCGUUAAAGUUUUCAAAAAGAUCCAACUACCCAAAGAAUGUUACCUUUGUUCUGAAAAACUGGCUGGAAAAUAACACCAACCACCCAUAUCCCGAUGAAGAGCAAAAGGUGAAAUUGUCGAGGCAGACUGGAUUAUGCUUAACUCAAAUCAACAAUUGGUUUAUUAAUGCUAGAAGGAGAAUCCUUCCCGAUCUGACAGAAAAGCGCUCCAUUCGCUAG